AUGAUGCUGUUUCUGUUGAAGACCUUCAUCUCCCUGCUCGCCCUUCUCGCGACCUGCGUCCUCCUUCCCCAGCUCCCCUUGGGGCUUCUCCGCCUGGUGCUCCGUGGUGCUGGAUGGGUCAUUCGGAAGAGAACCCGGUCCCGCAGGGAGUAUAUCGUCUCGCGAGUCCGGGCAGACGAUGAGGAAUGCCAGGCGAAACGAGCCAAGCCGUCUCCUCGUGGAGAGGAUGAGGACUGGGAGAAGGUGGAUAGCUCCAGUUCCAGCUCAGGGACGACUGCGGGUCCCAGCAAGGAGAGCAGCAAAGGGCGAGAUGAGAAUUGGGACGGGAUUAUUGGGUUCUUCCAUCCUUUUUGUAACGCGGGCGGCGGAGGAGAACGUGUUCUCUGGGAAGCCGUGAGAGCCACACAACGGCGCUGGCCCAAGGCGAUCUGUGCCAUAUACACUGGCGAUCAUGAAGUAAAUAAGACGGCUAUGCUAGAGAGAGUCGAGAACCGCUUUAAUAUUCAACUGCAUGCGCCAACGGUUGUGCUGCUCUACCUGACUACCCGCAAAUAUGUCCUUAGUAGCAUGUAUCCAUACAUGACCCUCUUGGGCCAAUCUCUUGGCUCCCUGGUGGUCGCCUACGACGCAUUCAACCUUCUAGUCCCCGACGUAUUCAUCGACACCAUGGGCUAUGCUUUUACCCUUGCGUUCUGCAAGAUGCUUUUCCCAUCCGUGCCCACAGGGGCAUAUGUGCACUACCCCACGAUCUCAACCGACAUGCUCCAGUCUCUAGACGACGAGACAGGCGUGAAGGGUGUCAACGCGGGUGCAGGCAAGGGGCUCAAGGGCCAGGCGAAGCGCAAGUACUGGCUUGCGUUCGCCCGUCUCUACGGCUGGGUGGGCGGCCACGUCGACGUGGUCAUGUGCAACUCCUCGUGGACAUCGGCGCAUAUCCGGGCCAUCUGGGGCCCGUCCCGGACGCGCAACACCUACCGCGACCCGGCCGUCAUCUUCCCGCCGACGGCGGUGUCGGAGAUUGAGUCGACCAUCACGGUGGACGCGCAGAGCGAGAAGAGCCGCGAGCCCGUCAUCCUGUACAUUGCGCAGUUCCGCCCGGAGAAGAACCACCCGCUCGUACUGCGCUCGUUCGCGCGCCUCCUCAACGAGCGCCAGAAGAACCCGGCAUCCGCCUCCCUCCCGCAGCCCAAGAUCCUCCUCAUCGGCUCCGUCCGCCACGCCAGCCCGGACGAAACCCACAUCUACAACCUGCGCCUGCUCGCCCAUGAGCUCCGCAUUCGCGACCACACCACCUUCCUCGUCGACGCCAGCUGGCCCACCAUCCUCACCCACCUGCGCUCCGCCUCCAUCGGCGUCAACGCCAUGUGGAACGAGCACUUCGGCAUCUGCGUCGUGGAGUACCAGGCCGCCGGCCUGAUCAGCGUCGUCCACGACUCCGGCGGCCCGCGCGAGGACAUCGUCGUCGACCUCGGCGACGGCGCCACCGGCUUCCGCGCCGCCUCCGAGGAACAGUUCGCCGCCGCCUUCGAGGCCGCGCUCGCCCUGCCGGAGGAGGAGAAGGUCGCCAUGCGCCUGCGCGCCCGCCGCUCCGCGCUGCGCUUCACCGAGGAGGAAUUCUCGCUGAAAUGGGUCGAGGAAGUGGGCAGGUUGGUCGAGAUGCGUUGA